AAGGCUUAUUCUGCCUAGUUAUCUAGUCCUGCGUUCACCCACAGGUACCUGAACCAAGAUGCUGAGGAUCUCCAGCCUCCUCUUGCUCCUCUGCGGGCUCUUCGCCUCAUCUUCUGCUCAAGAGGUCCUGUCUACGAUUUCUUCCCAAAUGUCCAGUGCUUUGACCCAAGGACUCCUUAACGUGGACUUCGGCCCAGCACUGCAGACAAUUGACUUUGGCGAUUCCUAUAACCAGCAAGUGGGCUUCUUCGACAUCGUGGCCAGCCCAUUCAUGCAAACGAAGGACAGUGUCCAGAUACAGCUGAGAAACCCUCAGCUCCUUCAGAUCUCCCUCCAGAACUCCUACGAUUCCAGGACAACAGAUUUAAGGAUACCAUUGUCAUUUUCCAUGUAUGUGAAGUACAAUUCUUACAAUCCCCAGCUAUUUCAAAUAAGGACAGAAACGAGAGUCCCCAUUCAAUUGGGUAAGGAUGGAAAUGGCGGCUUCCGGCUCAUCUUUGGGCAAUGCAGGAUUGUGCCUGAGACUAUAUGGAUCCAACCUGAUAAUUCAGGUAGCAACAACGUUAACUGGGAAAACAUGCAGAAAAACCUGAAAUACCUGAUAAUCCAAGGUUUUGGAGCAAACAUGUGUUCCUUCCUUAAUUCAUGGCUCUAUAACUUGAAUUCUCAGAUGACUAAUGAACUGAUCGAUCUGCUGCAGCAGGGAGGGUACCAAGCUGCCAUGUAAAUAUCCCCAAAGUGAAGGAGCCAUGUUCAACAUAAUCCGAACCGAUCCUGCUUGCUGGUCUCCUCCCUGGAAUGCCCUCCACACUCCAGGCCAUCACCUAUGCAGAUACUCGUGUUGAUUAUUCAGCUGCUGCCUGAAAUUUUAUUACCCACCCUGGACCCAAAGAUUCCCUACUUCUCUGGGUAUGGAGGCUGUUUCCCUGUAAAUCCUCACCAGAAUCCAUGUGCUGAUUCCCUGUAAUCUUCUCACAAUAAAUUUUUUGCAGCUCUGAA